AAUCCUAUAUGCAAAGUUGCACGUUGUUCUAAAAAAAAAUGUUUGUUUUUCUGCGACACAAAAGAGCUGUCAAAGUUUUAAUUAUUGUUGUUAUUUUUGCGGUGAAAUAAAUUUGUAAAAUGGCCCUUGUGAGCGCUGUAAAAUCCGGAUUAUUCCGAAUAAGUAAUACAGUAGCUAAUCAUACUCGUACAUUUACUGUAACAACUGUGAACAAUCUAAAAGAGAUCAGAGAAUCCACCCAGAAGAAUUCGCUGGUCAUCAGUGCAGAGUAUGUCCCAUCGCCGCGAGCUGAUCAGAUGCUGAAAGCGGUGACAGAAGCCGGAUGCGUUGGCGGGCAGCGAUUCUGUCCACAGUGCAGCUUGGGUUUGGACAUCAAGCACACGGACGUGUUGAUUCUCAGCCAGUAUCUGCGUAGCGACGGAUGUAUGCUGCCUCGUCGGGUGACUGGAUUAUGUAAGCGUCAGCAGCGACGAAUCGGCUCGCUGGUAAUCAUGGCGCAAAAAGCCGGACUGAUGCCGAAUAUUGGCCCAUCGUGGAGCAAAAAGGAUCCCAAAAAGCGAUACCAGUGGAAGAAGUACAAUAAAUAUUUUGACGAGAGUACUAUCAAAUGUUAGGGGGAGUAGCUGUUUAUAUAUUGGAAUAAAAUAGUGGAUUUGGAAACAACAAAA